UUCUCUUCUGCUUUUCUUAAUAGCGUCUUGAGUUUAAACCGGUACAGAUAUUUGUCGUCUAUCAGGACCCCUGUUUCCUUCGAUUUUACCCUUCAUAAUCAGCUGCAACAACUCGUACUUAUGAUUUCUAAGUAUGUGCUCCAAAUAUGAUGUCUUUUGCGUUUUAAUGGUGGUCAAUGGUCAAUGGUAAAUUCUCCUAAAAAGCCACAUCUGAAAAGCUUCCAGUUUUCUCAUUAAGUCAACAUUUACAGUCCAGACUUCGACACCAUAAAUAAGAAUAUAGAGGAUAUAACAUUUUACCAUCCGAUAUUGGAUUUGCAGAUUGAGUCUUUGGUUACUAAGACAUUUCCUCAU